AGAAACACUAGAGCCGAGGAAAAUUCCUAGAACUUCGUCCUGAGGACCAGUUAAAGUACAAAACAAAAUUCAGAUUUGUAAUUAAAUCCGAAACCCCCCAUUAACCAUUAUGCCAAAACAUAGCCGCUCAGGUUCCGAGUCCGAAGAAGACAAUGAAGAAACCCCGGAAAAUUCAGGCUCAGACUCAGAACCAGAGGACCCACAACCACAAACACCCAGCAACAAUGGUGUGUCAGAGUACGAGAAACAGAGGCUAUCGAGAAUUGCAGAGAACAGGGCCAGAAUGGAGGCUCUGGGCUUGCCCAAGUUUGCUUCUUCGUUGCUGGGUUCUGCUCAAAAAGUAAGCAACAACAACAACAAGAACAAGAACAAGAAGAAGGGGAAAGAGAAGGUUGAUGAUGAUGAUUAUAGACCCGAUGAGGUGGAAGAUGAACUGAGUUCUUCGAGCGAAGAGGAAAAAGAUGGUGAUGAAGAUGAAGAUUACUCUUCUGGGUCACGUAGAAAAAAGGUUAGGAAUAAAGGUGCAAAACCUAAGAAGAAAGUUCCUGCUCAUAAGGGUUUGAGCAAGUCAGAUUACAUUGAUAAUGAUGAUGCAGUGAGGCAGGCAAUUGCUCUUUCCUUACAAGAGUCUGCAGGACUUUCAGGCAUGGUCCAUUGUGGGCCUUCGAAAUGCUCUGAAGCUGAUGUAGUGAAUGCUACUCUUAAUGAGAAGAAGGGACAUACACGAAUACAGGAAGAUACAGGAAAGAGGAAGAGAAAAAAAUCGUUUGCUAGUCGGGUGCAAAUGACUGAAGAUGAACUUGUUCUGAACUUCUAUCAGUUUGAUGAUACAUGGAAGGGGGGCAUAACUGUGAGGGAUAUCGAAAGAGUAUCGAAUGCUCAUGAUUUUAUGUGGACUAAGCAGGAGUUGUCUGAUAUGAUUCAUUGCUUCGAUAGUGACAGAGAUGGGAAGCUAAGUCUCGAAGAUUUUCGAAAGAUUGUUGGUAGAUGCAACAUGAUAAAAGGGCCUGAAAGUUCUUGACUGGUUCUAAGUAUUGACAAUCUAAUUGAACAGAUCAAUUGGAGGCAAGUAGGUUUUUCAAGCUCAGCAACACAUUGAUAUCUAGAAACAAGUUUGUGAUUCUUUGGAUUGACUUUGUAGCUAAGCAAUGAAUGCAUCCUUGAAUAUAUAAUAUGUUUACCUUGUGAAGUGGAAAAGGCUACAUGUCUGGUGCAUUGCCUUUAAGGAGCCAAGGGCUGUUCCAAUAUGAAGAAAAAGAGGCCCCAUGACUUAUAAGCAAUGAUUUCAUCAUUUUUCCAGGUUUUUGUUAUUUUUUCCAGUGAAGGAAUUUAUUGGUAAAUAUUAGCUAGUGAUUUUAGCUCAUAGUAAAGUGCUUUAUUUGUCUCA